CCGCCACCGUCCGCGCGCCACUCCCGGGAGAGACACUGUGCGUCGCGGGGCGCACCAUGGCGCGCCGGGCGGCCCUCGCGCUGCUGCUGUUCGGCCUGCUUGGCACCCAGGUGCCCACCCGGGGCCAAGAUUUUGAUUUAUCGCAUGCCCUUGAUGACAAGAAACCCACUCCGGUCCCACCAAAAAAAGCCACCGAUGAUAACUUCAAUUUAGAAGAUGCCCUUGGUGGAGGGAACAAUGACCCGGUGACACCCGAAGCACCCAAACCAAAACCUAAUCCAAACCCCAAGCAGCCCGGCUCUUCUGAUGGCUUUUCGGAUUCGGACCUUACUGAUGGGACUUCAGAUGGAGGAGGCGGUGAUGGCGGCAACCAGAGGCCUGGAGGGGCGGACCAGGCCGACUCCCCGGGGGUGGUCCCUGGGAUCAUCGGUGCCGUCGCAGUGGCCGUGGCCGGGGCCAUCUCCAGCUUCAUCGCCUACCAGAAGAAGAAGCUCUGCUUCAGAGAGAACGCUGACCAAGGCGAGAUGAACAUGGAGAACCAUCAGGGCACCAACGCCGAGCCACCCGUUCAACAGACCCUUCUGGAGAAAUAGGAGGUCGGCCGCCAAGUGAGUCAUAGCAGGGUCUCGAGCUGGCCUGCUGAGCCUCUCCGAAGAUCGCCUGCAGGGACAGAGCGGCCCCGCCGGAAACAAGCCCCGGCUUGUCCGUGCCUUUGCUCAACUUGGGAUUCCUAGUUUGAAUCUUGAGGUGCGUCACCACCGUGCUGGGUGGGUGAGAUUGACUUGGGAUGAGUUUUGCCCGCAGAGGGCAAUUACACUCACCUUCUCCACGGCCCUGAGGGGUUUCCCGCGUGCUGUGAAAGGCUGACCGACCAAGUCCCCGUCAUUCAACCCCACUGAAGUUCCCCAACCAGAAACGCCGCGCUGUUUACAAAUUGCCUGUAAAUUGAAUGCGUCUGAACCUCUGCCGACAUUGACCUUUUUAUAGAGUGAGGUAAGCCUUCGGCUAGUUUCCUCAAAAGUUCUUCCAUUUACUAGGAUUUUUUUUUUUCCCACACCAAACUAAUAAAGAGAAAUUAGAAACCAAGUACUUUUUACUUAAUGUUUUGCCAUGGGGUGACUUUUAAAAAAGGUUGUGAAACUAGUGGGAUGGAUCCCCUGUUCCCUUCUCUGGGGCUGUAAGACAGACGAUCGCGCUAAGUGCUCGCUCUUUAUAGCAUCUUGCAAUGAACGGAAUGCCUGCUCUUCUCCCGGUAACACACGAUGACUUCUCCACCUUUAGAAGCAUUUCCCCCGUUUAGGACAGCGCACGCACUGCACAGCGCCCAGAAUGCUUGCUUUUAUACAGAAGGGCUUUGCGUGGACUUUUGUGUUCAUCUCGGGAAGUGCAGAAGCCCUGGUGGUGCAGACGGGCUGGACCCCACCCAUAGACUACCCUCCGCAGAAAUAUUAGUUUCCAGUGGCACAGGCUUGCCUCGUCUAAAGCUCUUAGGAUAGUAACCCAGAGCAGUGGCGGUUUCCUGGGAAGACUUCCUCUUGUCACGGAUGACGGUGUAAAGAACUGUUGUGUGUUUCACAUCAGCCUCUCCAGGUUCAAAGGUAUGACGUUAAGCACACCUGCGUGGGCUGCCUUCACAAAGCACCUAACUUGGGAGAGGGCUGCUAUGACGUAUCAGUCAUGAAUGCUGGGUCUUUCUCCCUUCUGAAGCUCAAAAACUGCCAGUAGUUUGAGGGGUAGGCAUCUGCGCCACCCCCUGCUGUUGAGGACUCAACCCCUCUCCACGCCCGUAUCCUUUCUGUGACCUCUCCUCCCUGCGUUAUCUAAAAGCGUUUGGACUUUCUUUCUCGGGGUAUUGCUGGAGACCGUCGUCUGGCUCUUUAACUUGUUCUGUCUUUGACACUAUGAUAACUUUUGAGUAUAUGAAAUGGUGUAAAAAAAAAAAAAACCAAAA